AUGAUCUCGGAAAAUGCUACGGUAACUGGUUCCGAAAGUGUGCCAAACAUUUCUUCGACCAUCAGACGAUCUACGCUUUCACAUGCCAAUGGUGCGAACGGAAAGCACAGGGCCAAUAUCAGCAUCGCGGAUUUACCAAGACCACUCACACAACAUAACACAUCCGAUUCUCUUCGGAAAUAUUCGCAAAAGAAAUAUAGACAUGUUGCCGCUGUGCAUUCCAAACCUCGAACAUCAUGCCUCAGCCAUGAAAGCGAUGCGGCACCGAGUUUCCUUGGAUUUCGGAACUUGAUGGUCCUUGUCUUAUUGAUCUCGAAUCUGCGACUUAUGUUAGAGAAUAUUCGAAAGUAUGGUGUUUUGAUAUGUUUGAGAUGUCACGAUUACCGCAAACAGGAUCUUUUGCUAGGGGCUGCCCUCUACUUCAUUAUUCCAUGCCACCUAUUUGUCGCCUACAUUGUCGAACUCGCGGCCGCGCAACAAGCAAGAGCAUCACUAAAAGGAAGCAAAAAGAGAGCCGGGACAGCCACGCCGGGUGGCAGCUACAUUGCCACGGAGGCCGAGCAACAAAAAUUUCAUUCGACCUGGAAAGUAAUCGCUUGGAUACAUGGAUUGAACAUAACACUUUGUCUUCUGAUUACUUCCGUGAUCGUCUACUUUUUCAUACACCACCCUUUGAUAGGCACAAUAACUGAAGCACACGCAAUUAUUGUCUGGCUGAAAACUUACAGCUAUGCAUUUACCUGCCGCGAUCUUCGACAUGCCUACCUUCACCCCUCGAGUAAAGAGGAAGAUGCAUUGCCAGAAAUAUACAACAAAUGCCCUUACCCACAGAAUAUCACGCUGAAUAAUCUGACAUACUUUUGGUGGGUUCCAACAUUGGUUUACCAACCUGUAUAUCCCCGUACACCUAGAAUUAGGUGGGUUUUUGUAGGCAAGAGGAUGGCAGAAGUAUUUGGUUUGAGUAUCUUCAUGUGGGUUGCUAGCGCACAAUACGCAGCCCCUGUCCUUCAGAACUCCCUUGACAAGAUGGCAUCCCUAGAUGUGGCCUCUAUCCUCGAACGCUUGAUGAAAUUAUCCACAAUCUCUUUAGUCAUAUGGCUAGCAGGAUUUUUUGCCUUGUUCCAAUCUUUCUUGAAUAUUCUUGCCGAGGUCACCACUUUCGGGGAUAGAAACUUUUAUGACGAUUGGUGGAACUCACCCAGUGUAGGGACAUAUUGGAGAACUUGGAACAAGCCGGUCUAUCAAUUCAUGAAACGACACGUCUUCUCGCCUCUCGUGGGUAGAGGCUGGAGUCCAUACUCAGCCAGUGUUGCCGUGUUCACAUUCUCUGCUAUUCUACAUGAAUUGAUGGUCGGCGUCCCGACACACAAUAUUAUCGGCAUGAUGGCACAGCUACCACUCAUUGCUAUCACGGCACCAUUAGAAAAAAUGAGAGGCAUAAAUGGUAAAAUAAUUGGAAACUGUAUCUUUUGGGUAUCUUUCACUUUAGUUGGGCAGCCACUCGCUGCUUUACUUUACUUCUUCGCAUGGCAAGCCAAGUACGGGAGUGUCAGCAGGCAGACCAUAAAAUAA